GUAGACUGUAGAGUACUCAAGUUCACAGUUUGUCAUGUCAACAAAUAUUUGUAUUUCAAAGGUCGUUUAGGUCGCUGUUUCUUACUAUGCAGAUGGAUGAUGAUAUCGGAAUAUGCUUAGUCACCUGUAAUAUCACGUCGUUUUUUGACAAAUACAGGUCUUCAUCAAAGCAUUGCCUUUGAUUCUACAUUUUCAUAAGUAUUGAACAAAUCUUCUUUUCCUCAUUUACUUCCUCAACACUGUCAUCAUGUCACUGCUGACUCACGUGCUGGCCUGUUUGUUUGGCAUGGGCUCCUGGGUGGCAAUCAAUGGAAUGUGGGUGGAGCUCCCGCUAAUCGUACCACAGAUCCCUGAGCACUGGUCCCUGCCAUCCUACCUCACAGUACUCAUCCAGAUGGCCAAUAUUGGCCCCCUAGUCAUCACAUUGAUGCAUCAUUUUCGUCCAGGAGUGUUGGACGAGAGACCGGUUGUCUACUGCAUUGCUGUGUUGGGGAUUGUUGCCACAUUCUUGUUGGCUUUCCUCUGGAAGCACACAGUGACAAUAGCUGGCAGCCUACACAGUGUGCCCCUUUUGAUAUUAUGCUUCUUGCUCUCUGUGGUGGACUGUACCUCCUCUGUCACCUUUCUGCCAUUCAUGAUGCGUCUGUGCCCCCAGUACCUCACCAGCUACUUUGUAGGUGAAGGCCUCAGUGGUCUGGUGCCUGCACUCGUGGCUCUGAUUCAAGGUGUUGGUGUAGUCAGGUGUCAUAAUACCACUUUGACAGUUUCUAUGAACAAAACACUUGAGAAUUCCACUAUUGACACUGGAGGGCUGCAAGCAAUCUAUCAACCAGCAAAAUUCUCCGCUCAGGCAUUCUUCUUAUUCCUCAGUGCAAUGAUGGUUAUUUGCCUAACUGCCUUUACCCUGCUCAACCAUCACCCCGCUGUAGCUCGGGAGAAGAAAGACGACCUGUAUUUCAGGGACGAACUGACGCCAGGAAAGAGAGAGCAAGCUUUCUCUCUGCACCCCCAAACACCUGAGCAAAAGCCAAUGUUAAAUCCCUUCGGGUCUGCAAGGAGGGAACCUCGCAGCUCCUUUGGCAGGGGCACAUAUAGUAACGCUGAGGUGGCUUUCAUUUUUGUUGUACUCGCCUGGGCGAAUGCUCUAACCAAUGGAGUGCUGCCAGCAGUGCAGUCUUACUCCUGUCUGCCUUAUGGGAACCAGGCCUAUCAUCUUGCAGCCACAAUGGCAGCUGUCGCCAACCCACUCGCCUGUUUCAUUGCCAUGUUUAUGCCGAUCAGGUCACUCAUCUUCAUGUGUCUUCUGACUGUGUUUGGCACUGGAUUUGGAGCCUACAUCAUGGCAAUGGCUGCUUUUAGUCCUUGUCCUUUGCUAGUCCACAGUACAUCCGGAACUGUUGUAAUAGUGCUGGUUUGGGUCCUAUUUAUUCUCUCCUUGUCCUACGUAAAGGUAAUAAUUGGAAUAAUUCUACGGGAUGAGGGCCAUAGCGCCCUUGUUUGGUGCGGGGCGGUGGUCCAGUUGGGCUCCAUGAUAGGUGCCCUUUCCAUGUUUCCACUGGUUGGUGUCUAUCAGCUUUUUAAGUCAGGGGAUCCCUGCAACACCAACUGUCCCAUGUAACGGAGAAUAUUUAGAACACAGCUCUACGUACCAGAAAUAUAACUUGAAUUUGUACUGUAAUAUGGGCACAUUAGUAGGAGUAUUUAUUGAUGAGCCUUACAUAAAUACAUACAAAUACAUAUAACGUGUACAACAGAACUGAGUGGCCACAGGUGUUUACCUACCACACACAUUUCUUCGGCUUGAUCGGGCUGCUGAAAGAGUAAGGACCACAAAAUAAGACCAGAUUUAAACAUGUCAUUGUUUAGUUGCAUCAGCUUUUUUUCAUGUGAACAUACAGCAGUAUGAAAGUAUUAAAAUAUUAUUUUGAAUUUGCACUUCUAGAUGUGGUACUUUUUCCUAAUUGUUUGAUUUGAUAAGGGUAUGUUGUGGCCUUAUGCUUUAAAUUACAGACUGCUGUGUAAAUGUUACUGAGUGGGAUACACUGCUAAAAAAAAAUAAAUUCAAAUGAAAAUGAUUUUUCUCAGUUUCUACUUUUGCUGCAUGUCAGGAUUUCAUACACUAUAUUAGGCCUGAGUGAUAUUGUAAAAAACUAUUGCUGCGAUUUUUUUGGGGGGGUUUAGGAUUAAAGAUGUCCCGAUCGAUCGGGUCCGAUCACGUAAUUUUCAAAGUAUCGGAAUCGGCAAAAAAAUAUCGGACAUGCCUUUUUUUUAAUAUAUAUAUAUAUUUUAAUUAAAUUGUUUUCUAAUUGUAU